GUUUUUAAUUUUAUUUAUUUAUUUAUUUUUGACAGAAAAAUUUGUUGUUUAUUAAUAUUACUAUACAUAAUUAUAGUGUAGUCCAAUAAUUUCCUAUUGCCUCUCCAUUAUUAAUUGUUUACGUUUGUUCAUGUGAUUAAGAUUACUAAUGUAGUAGUUAUUUUUCCUUUUUCUUUUUCUAUUUUAUCAAAAAAAAAUUUAAAACCACAGUCAUCCCAAAAACGUGUAGAUAAUUAUAUACUUUAAUUAUUUGAUAUAUGUUAUCACCGACAAAAUUAUUUGACAUUAAAAAGGAUAAGAAUUGAAAUGUCACCAAAACAACUAGAUACUCUUGAUAGGCAUAAAACGAUGACACCCAUUACAUAAUAUAAAGUAAAAGUAAUGUAUGUGAUACUAUUUUUUUUCCCACUCACUACUGUAUCAUAUGUAUUUAUCUCAGGUUUCACAAUGAUCAUUUUGCACAAUUAAAAGUCAAAUGGAUACAAACAUGCGACCUUUCACUGGAUAAGGCACUUACAACAUCAAAUGCACGACGUACAACAAUAUCUCAAUUUCCAUCAAUGCCAAAAGGGAAAAUUUACAGAAUACUUGGAUUAUUGAUUGAUAUAAAUGAAAAAAAUUUCAAUUGGUAUGAUGCGUGCUCUAUUUGCAACAAUAAGGUGUACUACAAUGUUGGUCAAGUAAUAUGUUAUAAGUGUCACAAAAAUGAUGUUCAAAUUAUUCAAGGGGUUGCUCUUACAAUUACUAUCAAAGACUCAAGUGGGUCAAUGCGUCUAAUAUUGUUCAACAAACAAAUUGAGUAUCUUCUUCGUUCUACAAUAUCUGAAGUUAAGGAAUGGAUUGAGCCGGUAAAUGAGGGAUCAAAACUCAAGGAGAAGUGUCAAUUGAGUUUGUACAAUGCAUAUGUUUUCACAAAAUUUCUCCAAGUACGCAUUCUCCUCUACUACCCUACAAAGUCAAUUUUGUGACAUCCGUCAGUUGGGAAGAAGAAUGUGCACAUUUACUCCAAAGGAUACAUAAUGAUAUCAACAACUCAGUG